UGUGACAGUGGCUAAAGUCGGAUGCAAGUCGACGAAAUGUAAAGUGUUGAUUAUGUUUACCACGUAAUGGUAUGGUGGUAUUUACUUAGAGUAAAAGCGAGUGUCAUGUGGGUAUGGUGAUGGGAGCCCAUUGUUGAAGGGCGCCAUCGCCUGUAGCAACACCAUAUUCAAUCUAGUCAACUUUUCUAGUCUCGGCGUUUCUUCUAGAAGACGCGUUUCAGAAUCAACGUCAUCUCUGUGAUUAGCCACCAGUGAACCUCAAUACGAAACUUUGUUAUUUUUACUGUGGAAAAAAAAAUCAGUAGAAAAUACAGUGCAGUGGAAUCGAUGUGUAAGCCUGUGUUCUCGUUUCGUUGGGUGGAAAGUUAUCUGAUAAUAGUGUUUUAAUGUUACGUUGAAUAAUUGUUAUUGUUGCCGUGAGUUGUUGAUGUUGGAAAAGCUGUUGUGAAAUGAUCGUCAUUUCGUUUGUUUAAUUCGCUAGAAGGUCUCAGUUACUUUUGCUUUAUCGUUUAUGUCUGUGCUUGCGAAGUCUCCAGGAACUGUCUUUUAAAUGUUGCCAAGCAGCCUUGAAAACUUCGCGAAAUCAAGGCGGAAUGAAGUCAGUGGUGAAACUUCUUACUUAGUUUCAUAAAAUAAGAAUAAGAAUAAAACUAAGCCUUUUCACUGUAGCUUCCGCCUUCGCUUGCCUGCUUGUCUUAGGAUCAAUCUCCUGCCUUUCUUCGUGGUCUUCAGCGAACGUCUUUGCCUUAACCCACAAACUGUCUGUGCCUUUAGGAGCUCUUUGAGUGUGCCCCAGUCACACACACACACACACACACACACACAGACACAAACCCUGCCCCUCGGGCAAGGAUCAUCUCCCCGGAAUCCGGUGACACACUCGGCAUUUUUUUUUUUCGUACUGCGACUGUUGCCUUGAUCGUCGUCGUCGUUGUUGUUGUUGUUUUGCCGUCGUUCUCCUCGCGCGCGCUUGUUGCUCGAGUGAGGCAGUAAGGGGGAGGUGGACCCACCCUCUUGUUAAUCGUUCUUUCUUUCGUAAGUGGCUUCAGCAAGAACUCGAAGGUUUUGGGGGGAUCGAAGAUCCGGGGAUGUGCCACAAUGACCAUGUCUGGGACGGGCGAACUGACGUCGGAGCAGCUGCAGCAGCUGUAUUUAUGCAGUCUCCUGCUGGGAAAGAAAAGGGAGCAGCCCAUCUUUACGUGCAAAGCGCACGUGUUCCACAUCGACCCGAAAACAAAGAGGUCGUGGAUCCCAGCAUCCUCCUCAGCUGUAUCUGUUUCCUUCUUCUAUGACUCCACGCGGCAGCUCUAUCGAAUUAUCUCUGUUGAAGGUACCAAGGCAGUCAUCAACAGCACUAUUACUCCAAAUAUGAUGUUCACAAAAACAUCUCAAAAAUUUGGUCAGUGGUCCGACAUGAGAGCCAACACAGUAUAUGGUCUUGGAUUCUCAACAGAAGCAGAGCUCAAUAAGUUUAUUGAAAAAUUCCAAGAAGUUAAAGAAGCAACAAGGUCAGGAAAAACAAAUGGUACAAUUAGUGGAGGAGGUGGUGGAAGUGUUGUUGGUGGAGGUGGAGGAGGAGCUGUUUCAUCUUCUUCAGGACCAGCUUCUGCCACAGCUUCUCCUCUUACCUCACGAGCUAAAAUUCAAGAGGGCAUGCCAGGAGAAAAUGCAAUUACGUCAGGACUCCAACCCGCAGGAGAGAGUCCGAAGCACAAACAAGGAGGAGGAGGAGCGGGUGCAGGAGGAGGCGGUGGCGGGGGGGAUAAAGGCGUCGGUGGUGGUGCUAAUGUCGACACUCAAAUGCAGCUCAAGUAUGAAAAUGACAGAUUGAAACUAGCUCUGGCCCAAAGCUCAGCUAAUGCUAAAAAAUGGGAAAUUGAGUUGAAUUCCUUAAAAACAACAAAUGCCAGAUUGACGUCAGCACUUCAAGAAUCAACAGCCAAUGUAGAAGAAUGGAAAAAACAACUCCAAACUUACAAAGAAGAAAAUAGUAGAAUGAAAACACGAAUUCAUGAAUUUGAAGCAGGAGGAAGAGGUGGGGGUGAUUCUGAUGAGUUAGUUAAAGAAGUAGGAUCUCUACGAGCGCGUUUAGAAAAUAUGGAGGAUGAGUUAAGGUCAAGAGAAGGAACAAUUGAUGACCUUGAAAAGCAGUUGCAGCGAGCUCGAGCUGAGGAUCAAAGAGAUAAAAUACAGCAUUUAAAUGAAGAGAACGAACAAUUAAGAAUGGAAAUAUCUCGUGCUCAGUCCCAGUUAGAUAUUGCCAUGGCCACUCAAGAUAGUCAGCGUGGUGUAGUUGAAAGUGUGAAUAUGCAGCUAGGUGAACGUAUAAAAGAUUUAUUAACUCUUCAUCAUGAAUUGAACCACCUACUUACCACCUGAGGGGGGUCAGGUCGGGGGCCGCCUCCCCCUCCGCAGCAACACUCCAGUACUGGCCAGAAAAAAACUAUUCGUCUCCAGGCUGUCUGGCAUGUGUAGUAAGCGCGGGGAUUAUGGCUGCUUCUGACCUGGAAACACGCUACACUUUUUCUAUCCCUGUGACCCUAACUUAUUACCUUUCAUACCCAGUCAUUACCAUUCUUAUAGCCCAGCUGCUUGUUACUUGAUUUUCUUGGUUUGUGAAAAGAUGAUCAUUCAGAGCCUAAGGUAGGAUCUGGAGUGUCUUUCUUGUCUUGCUUGAGAAGCAUAAAGGAGAAGGAGCAAGGAACACUUCUCACUGGCCUAUUAGAAUUGGAAGUUAUUAGAAAACUAGAAUUUUCAGAUACUAGCAGUUAUUUGCUAUAGUACUGUCCCAGGAAAUUAGUAAAUUUAGUAGUGCAUAAUUUGAUUUCAAUAAAAUAAUAUUUUAAAUCUCUACGCUAUUCAAAGAGCAAUAAAAGUCCGAUAAGUAAUCUUAGAAUUUUGUUUCUUGAUCCAAUCAAGAACUGUAACAGAACAUGAUUUAUUAAUUUAUUUGUGGUAGAUAAAAUUUGUGAAGAAAAUUUACAGCUUUUCUUUGUUAUAUUGUUCAACUCAACUCUCUCAGUUACUUAAAAGUAAUUGUUUGCGUAUUCAGUUUUAAUUAUUAUUUAGAGUAAGUUUUAACUGUAUUAAAAUUCAAUUAAAAACCUCUAUAAUUCAGUAUGUCUUAGUCUAGAUUCUACAGUGAUUUGUAAUAAAAAAAAAACUUUGAAAUGCAUUGACAAAGAAAUGAGAAUAUACAUACAAAUUCUUGACUAAUGGUGUUGAGUAUAGGAGCUAGUUUGAUGCUGUACAUUCUCAUCAUUGUUAGCCUUGAGAAUGAUUCCUUGUUCCUUCUGUUUAGCUUGUGUGUGUGUGUCUAGUCUGUGUAGUUGUGUAAUUUCACUGGUGCAUUUCGACCUUCAGUUUGCCUUUUCCACUAAUAACCAGUCAGUUCCUUUUAUCCUUUAUGCAUCAUUGCUUUACUUAAUAUUGAGUGUUCAAUUGAAAAGAUUCUAGAAAUCCUAUUUUACAUUAAGCCUUCUGAAAGUCUUCCCUCUUUCUUUUUUUUUACUUGUGGAUAUUAAAACCAGAAGGUUCAAUGUUUCUUUUAGAGGAGAGAGAUAUUGUAUUACAAGGUAAUAAGAAAUUUACGUAAAAAUAGUGAUUUGAACAUUAAAGUUUUUAAUCAAAAUUUUAAUUUUAGUGCUCAAAAAGAUUGUCAUGACUGUUGCCUAAAUAGAAAGACUGUACAAGUGGACUCUCAAACAGGUUUCAGUAGACAAGAUUUCAGGUGAACAGGUUAGGUAUAGGUGUACUGUCUCAAAAUUAACACAAACUGUGUAUCCAGUCAGUAAUAAUGAUGUUUGUGGUUUAGUCAAACAGUCCCUAACAGGCUGAUGUUUGUGGCUCAGUCAAACUGAAGUAUGCCUUUGGACAGAAUUCUUCCCUGUAGUUUGAGUAUAAAUCGUGUAAUUUUUAAUUUUUAUACGAUCUGUAUUACAGAUGAUUAUAAAUGAUGAUACCUGCCUUCUUCCAGUCCCUAAUUCCUGUAAUGUAGAGUUUUUACAUCUAUAGUAAUCUCUUUAGAACUGAUGUGGAUCAGAGUUGUGAUUUGUAGCUCCAACCCUUGUAGGAUUUGCCAUUCACACAUAGUCACUUCAGUUUAAUGCAACAAAUGGCAGUUGAAUGCAACAAUAGCAAUUGAAUUCAUGUUCAGUAUUAAGAUUUUUAAAUACAAUUAUGUGAAUUUCUUUUUAUGAUGCUAGACCCCAUUAGCACUGAGACUUUCUGGUCUUCCUUCAAAAGUAAUUAAGUAAAACUACUGUUGACUGUAUAUUUUAGUAAAUAAAGUCUCCUUAUAGAAGAAGCGGGUCAUUUCAUGUAAACAGUGGUGUUGGAUGCAUAGCUUUUAAGACAUUUUUUAUUUUCACAAAAGAAAAGGUGCACAAGUCAGAUUAUACAUACUUUGGUUUUUGAUAAUGAUAUUGGAAAAAGAUUUGUAAUAGUCAAGAGAAUGCAAUUUGUGUGUUGGUGUGGAUGUAACUGCUCUUUGUGAAUCCAUUUCAUCUCUUUAACAUUUUUAUGAAAAGACCCGUAGAUUAUGGAUAGUUUUUAUACAGCUUAUUUACUUGAAUUUACAUAUGAUAAAUGUUCUCUGUCUCAGGUGGAACUAAGAAGUUUAUACGGAAUUCACUAUAUUCCAUGAAUUAUGCAUAUGUGCAUGAAAGUUUUACAUGAAAAUUAAACAUGAUUGUAAUCAUAUUUCAGUUCAUGUAAACUUAAAUUCUGAGUGCUUUAAGAAGCAAGUCAAUUCAAAGUUUUGGGAAAUUGUCUUCUGACCAUUUAAGGUUACAGAAGAGUGGCAAAGUUACAAGAGACACCUUAAAGUGUUGUUUCAUUGCAGAAAGAUAUAGCUUUAGCCAUAUAUUUUUUUUAUUAUGGUUUCCGCUCUUACAUUAUUACUACUCUCUAUUUUUCGUUAUAAGAAAACCAGAAACUGAAUAUAAAUGAGGGUAGCUCUAUAGUUAUGAGGUAUGAGGAGAACAAGUAAUUGACUCAGUUGUUUGAAUUUCUAAAACUUCAUGCAUGAUUUAUAACUUAUUUCACAAGGUCACUUGAUGAAGGUAGGGAUUCUGAUUAAUACUUUUUUUUUUCAAGUUAAGUAUAUAAGGAAGGUAGGUUUUCUAGAAGGCUCAAAUGAUGCUGAUCUUAUCACCUGUCUUCUUUACUUAUUAGUACCUUGUGGAGUUGAGAAUAUUAAUCCCAACAAGAAAUCCAUGAGGAUACACAUCUUUAUCAGCUCUGGAACUUAAUAAUAGUAAAUAAAUUUUACUUAAACUUUUAGAUUAUGGCAAUUAAGAGAUUGCUGAUUUUGUCUAAGUUCUUAUUUCCUGCAAUUCUUCACUAUUUUAUCUUAAUGAAUGCAUGACAGAAUUACAUUACCCAUAUUUCAACAUAUUUUUCUAUAUAUGUUGCAAACCUGAAAACCACUCCCAUAUGACCCAGUCCUGCCUUCCUUCCCCUCCCAUUUCAUAUUGCUGCUUAUCUUCCCCAUCCCAAUUCCCACACAGUCCUCACUCGACUACCUUGUCGUCUCUUGUUAGCGUGUAUCUUAAGAAGAAGCUGCUGGAGGCCCAAAGAACUCUCAUAGAUUAGUUUUAAGUUGUGUAUUUAUGUUUUAUUAUGCAUUUUGUGAAACCCCAGUCAUUUCUUUUAUUAAGUGCUUGCAAAAGUCAGAUUUGUAUGUACUUAAUACAUUUUUAUGGAUGUGAAGAUUAGUUUCAUAGCUAACCUUCAAGUUUCAUUUUUUCAUUUAUUUAUUCUGUAUUCAGUAUUUUUGUUUGGAUACUGCUCUACUACUAACUUACAAGGGUUUGUUUUGUCAGUACAAAUGUUGAGUUAAUGUCUGUUGUAUAUUGUACAUAUUAUUUUCUUUGUGAGCUUUGAGUAGCUUUCUUGUUAACCAGUAAAUCUGGUCAAGUCUGUCAUAAUAAUGUAAGCUAAAUGUGUCACUUCACUUUUCAGAUUAAGUAUGUCACUUUCAAGUUACAGAUCUGAAUCUAUGUUAUUUACUGGUUUCUAAAUGUACAAUAUUUUUAUCAGUUAUUUGUUUGAAUGCUUUUCAAUAUGGAUGUGUUUGUGUAUUUUAAUAAUGUGCUGCUCGAUUAUAGUCAACAUAGCUCAUAAGAGCACUAAGCUAGACCAGAAUUUUGGUCCUUGGUAAUUUUUAAAGUUUGAUUCAGUAAUCAUUUUCUUAUGUUAAGAAUUUUGUCUUGUAAAUCAAGUGUAAUGUGUACCUCAGAAAAAAUUGCCUCAUGAACUUUAAAAAAAAAAAUUAAACUGUUACAGGCUAUUGUGCUUCCUUGUGAUCAGUAUCAGUUAUGGUGUGAUUUUGAUUAUGGAACAGCUCGAGUAGACAACUCCAUUAGGUAAUGUUCUUGUGUCCUAACUGAUAGAGAUUAUUUUACAGUUGGCAUUCACUUAAACAAUUGAGGUAUAUGAAUAUUAAAAUAUUUUCAUGUAUGACAUGCAAUUAUCAUGUAUCUCAAAGUAAUUGUACAUUACAGUAGAUUUAUAAUUUAAAUUUUCCUUUGCAGUAUUCAUGACUUACACUGAUAAAAAUAACUCCAAAUUAGAAAUAUGACCUGCAUGAUCCUUUGCAGAAGUGCAUAAAAUCUGCUUAAUUUUUAGUACUUUGAAAAUCAAAUUGUGAUGAACUGCAACACAAAAUUCAAGACUUUAUAUAAUUACCAGAUCAUAAUGAAAGCACAGUAACCAAUGGCAGUUUCAAAAGUCAUGUAAAUAAAAUUUUGUUGAAUGUGGAUCAGUGGAAGAUAGUGUCAACUGCUGAUGCUAUGGCUGAGUUGCACUUAAAUACAGUGGUGCUCUGACAUCAAUCAUCAUAGCUAGUAUAUAGUUAUUCUACAUAGCCUUCCCUACAAAGUUAAUUUACACCCAAUAAUCAAUGUGAAACUUGCCUUACGUCAGUGUUAGUUAUUUUUAACUGACCCACACAGCUCUGUGUUCCCUCAUCCUUGUGAUCGUAAUGUUGUGUGACUGUUGACAGUGUGCAACCAUGUUUCUUCAAAAAUUUGUUGGCAAUUGUAAUAUAAUUUUUUUUAUUAUGCAGCAUGUAAUGUACUUCUGUAAUCUAUAUUAGUAAAAGUUAUUUGCUGCUAACAUUAUAUUAGCUUUUGCUCAUGCUUAGAAGAACAUUUUCAAUCCUAUUGUCAGAGCUAUUCUUCUGCAUUUGUUAUUGUAGUACUUAUGAUAGUAUAUAAGAUUUUUAUUCAAAAGAAAAUUCACUACUGUUAGCAUUCCAUAGUGAGCCGUUUGGCUUCCGCUUACGUGAUGCCGUCAGUCAAAAUCUCAUUGCGCAACAAGUUUUGUAAGUGUUGCUUUUCCUUGGAAAUUUUUGUGAAUGUGAGUCAUUUUUUUCCUUACAUACAGUGAAAAAUAGUCACAGCAGAGCACAAAAAGACAUGAACUACAAUGUCUGGAUUCAGUUUUGAUAUUUUUAAUAUUACGUAAGAUAUUACAUCUCUAAAUGUAUUAAAGAGUACAGUAUGAAACCUUGUGUUCUUAGGAAAUCAGGAUCAGAUGUUAAAGGGUAUUUUGCAUGUGUUCAUCAACUGCUUAGUUGUUAGUGUUUCAGGCCCUCAAUCAGUUCCUGGUUGUCUAAUUCACAAGUCGCAUAGUGUUUCUUGUUUGGUAGCUCAUGAUAUUGUCAAUUUGUGACUCGAGUUGUUUUACAUAAACUACUUGUGCUACAGUAAACUAGAUGUUCAGUUCCUGCAGACUUAAUCAGGCUACACCAAAGCAUUAUUUUCAGCCAAAUGCAAAAUUGCUGACCCUGGUGAAGUAAUGGCACUCACAUUAUUAUUUCUGUUUUCACAUGUAUUUUAUUCAUUUUUUUUUUGUAGCAUAAGUGGCCAUAGACAAUGCACUGAUAACCAGGUGAUACAAAAUUUGAUUUUAGCUGAUGAAGAUUUACUUUUAAUGGCUGCCACAAUUAUCUGGACUGAUGUUAUAAAAAUAUGUGGCAGUUAUUUAUGCAAGCGAUAUAUUGAUAUCUGGAAUAUGAAACUCUUCUAGAGAAAAUGCAGUUGAAAUUGACCAGUUAAAAAUAAUUUCUUUCAUUGAUGAAGCAUAUACUUAGGUUUUGAUGACAUUUUACUAAGUGAAAUAACUGUUGAGAGAGUUCUUAUAUUGCUCUUGUUUUUCAAGAUUCUUAUUAUUAUUAACUUUGUAAUAAAAUUACUUGAAAAAAAAAAUGCUGUAAUUAUUUUUUUGUCUGCAUACAGUUUAUAUCAAACUGUGCAGUUACUCUAGCAAUCUAUCUCUCAUAAUACUUAAAGAGUUGGCUUAUUUAACAUACAGUUUAUAUCAAAGUAUGCAGUUACUUCUUUCAUAAUACUUAAAGUUAGUUUAUUUAAGUUACACUCAAGAUUGACAUGAAUUUUCAUAGGUAUGCUAAGUAUUUGGACUAAGCAACUAAUAAAAAUCUGAUAGCAUCUAACGUACUUUUAUUUUUAUAUGGUUACACACAGUAGGGUUUUACACCUUUUUUCAGAGCUGUAUAGUUUUAAGAUUGUUACAAAUCUGUAUAUUUCUGUAUACAGGUUGAUUAUUUCUAUAUUGCCAGCUUAUGCCAUGUAGAAAUAGUAUAAGACUGGAAAAGUUAGUUAAAAAUAGUUAUACAUUUUGGAGGUGAACCCUUAUUACACCAGGUGUGUUACUGUAUUUACUUUUCGGAGUUCCAUAACUUUGUUAUAAUCUAGAAUUGAUUGUUGAAAGCCUGGUUAGAUAUUCAAAAUUUAUUGUAUAGCACCAUUUUUUGUGCUGGGCCUCUUUUAAGACAAGUUUUCUUACAAACAGAGCCAUUACCUCAGCGGGGACAGCAAAUAUAUAUACUUUAUAAUGUGCUUUCAGAAGCUCAAACUUUUUAUAUGUUUUAUUAAUGUGAUGAUACUGUUAAUACCUUGCUUUUUUAGAGGAUGCCAAGCAAUCAUUGUGCCGUGUUACUGAUACCUUCUGGGGAUAUUUUUGACAUGAGGCAACUAUGUUCAUCUUUUGGCAGGUUACUUUGGUUCUUCUAUAAGAUUUUUUUUUAAUGUGAAAGACAGUCAUAAAUAUUGCAUUUAUAGUAUAAUGAGACAGUGUCUCCUUAGGUUUUUUAAGGUGUUACUUGUGAGCCACCAUUAGUUUAUUUUUUUCUUUUAUAAAUAUAUUGAUAUAUAAAUAUAUAAAUAUAUAUAAAUGAAUAUAUGAACAUCUAGGUCAUCAGCGUUCCAUUGUAAAAUAAAUAAGGAGGGCUGAUGAAGCCUUGGAGGUGGCUAGUGUCAAAUCCUGUUUCUCUAUGAAAACUCCCAUAGUUCUAGUUCAGAGCUCUCAGAAACUUGGUCACAUCUUUAUUAAGUGUCCCAAAUUAGUGUGUACCUUGUGUCUGAUUAUUAUUAUUAAAUACUCACCACCUAGGGCUCUUGAGUUGGCAGUUGCAAGUUAUUGUCUUUCUAUUUGUUGGCCUAGUUAAAAAAAAUUUUUUUUUUUUUUUUUUUUUUGGUUUUAUUAAUUUCUUUACAGAUAGCAAUACAGUUUUUCAAUCUCUGAUUAAUGCUCAAGAGUUAUUUUCACUCUUCCAGUAUACCAGGUUCUCUUCACUUGUGUGCAGUACAUAUCAAUUUCUGCAGCAGAACUGCAUGCUUUGAAACUUACUUUCUGUAGAUUACUUAAUGGUCUUAAAUAUUUAGUGUAAUCUUUGUUACGGCUUAAAAUUUUUGUUUUAUAAAGUUAUUGGUAAGGUGAUAAUUAAAUUUGGUAAUCACUCUUAAGGGCUAUUGAGGUAUCAUUGAAUGAUUAGGUUAUGAUAAGGUCAUUGUCAUAUCGUUUAGUUUUUAACCAAUAUUAAGGAUACUUGCAACACUAGAAGACUUGUGGAAUAGAAAUUAGUGACAUAUUGACUCAUGGAUCUAAAUGCUACUAGGUUUAUCAAUUAUUUGAUAGUUUCAGCUUUCAAGCCAUGAAACUUCACAUAUAAACCAGUAAUGGAAAGGUAGCUAGGAUCAGUUAUUACUUGUAAGGAAUUAACUUGCAUCUGCCAACCCACUAAGUGUGUUCGCUGUACAAAGCUGUAAAAAGUGUUAGCCCUGAAUAAGAGAAAAAAUAAAAUCUUAUCUACAGUUAUAGAA